AUCUCCUCCGGACCGGCUUCACUUGUGCCAUGGCUAGCUACCCAGGUAAGCCGUAAGCCCAAGGUGCUGAAUGCCAAAGGAGACUUUGAGGCGCCGUGAGCAGAAGGCCGCAGCUUUUGCAGUUCGGUCAGGUAGAGCCGAGCGUCGACCGAUCGAGCCCAACGAAGCUCAGGCGUUCUUUCGUGCCAUCGACGCACGGGACGCUGCUGGUUUCGGGAUCCGCAAGCUGUCCGUUUUGGAUGUUGAUGGUCUUCAUGAGGCCCCGGAAUGCAUCGCCUGGGAAGAUCGCAUCACGCUCCUCUACUACGCUGCGUGGCGAAAACGUGAUCAUUUUGUCAAUGCUUUGCUCAAAGCCAGAGCAAACCCAUCAGUGAGAGACGACGGUCUCGGGCAAUCUCCGGCCCAAAGCGAGACAGCUAUGAACAUUGUAGACGGUCUCCGAAUGGAAUCUGCUGUCUGGUUCUGCCACGCACUAGUGCAGUUGCGCUUCAGGGGAAAGCGCUUGAGGGAAACAGAUGCCCAGUGCGAGGACUGUGCGAUGCUUCAGAGUGAGCGAAGUUCCAAGGGUCUGGUGCCUUCACUGGCUUGGCCUUGCGGCCAUCGCUGUUGCGAGGCUUGCCUCUGGGAACGAAUUGCCGACCUUGCCAGCUCCAAGGGUGUCUCCACCGCUGCAGAACUUCUGUGUCCCAAGUGCCAAGUGUCACCUUGUCAAGAAGCAGAAGGUGUCCAGCCCCCUCCUGAGCAGACCAAGAAGCAGGAUUGGCAAUGUGGCAGCUGUGGGUACUCCAACUUUGCUCGGCGCGAUACGUGCCGGAAUUGCCAAGUGCCACAGCAUACAUCCCCACAAAUAGAUGAUGUGUCCAAUUUGAAGCCGAAAGAGGAGGAAGGCUCUCUUCUGCGGCAAUGGCAAGUGCUUAGUGCUGAAGAGAGGAGGAAGGUGUCAAUGGAGCGGUUUUUAGACCUCCCUGAAAGCGCUGCACCAGUGGAUGGUAGCGGUAGCGGUAGCAGCGGUAGCGGCAAAACUUCGAGGUUCCGGGCACAAGAUCCCCGAGCCGCAGCUUCUGUGAGAUUGGGGGACACCCAGCAGGACAGGACAGCAGAACUUCACAAGGCAAGCUCCCGCUGCGAUGUAAUGCGCAUAAUGGCAUUGCUGGAGGCAGGAGUGAACGUGGAUGCUACCAACGAGUAUGGCCAAACAGCUGUUUUCCUGGCUGCUUACCACAAUGCUAGUGAGGCCAUCAAGCUGCUUGCCUGGGCUGGAGCAGAUGUGGAUCGCCGGGCCAAUGGGGGAGCAAGCCCUUGGACGUAUGCUGCAAGUAAUGACUGCAAAGGUGCUGUGAAGGAGCUAUCGGAGGCGGGGGCUAUGCCAUCGACCACCAUCUCUAAGCAGCUGGCGGCUCCGGCUUCCAAGAGCGCCCCAGAAUUAACCUGGCUCAUACCUGUGGACUCGGAUCUUGCUGGGGCUGGCAGCUCUUUGUUGGAUGGUGGCUUCGAGGAGCCUUUUCUCCACCAACUGGAGAACCUCUUCAAAUCCUUGCCGGUGGCACCCAACACCAAAUCCUGCUCAUCAGAUCGUAGCUACUACUGUGAUUCUGAAGGUUGGGUGCGACAGGCAUUUGAAGCAGCUCUUGAAGGAAUCCAGGAAUUGGGAGUGGGACAUGUGACCAUGCCACACAUGCGCUUUCUACACUACUCGCAAAUCGGUGGAGGCCUUCCAGCACAUGUCGAUUUGGCUCGGACUGAUGAGUUGGGGAGACGAUCAACACACACCUUCAUCCUCUACUUGUGGAACGCAUCUCCCGAAGCUGAGACAUCUGAAGCUCGAAAUGCUGGUGGUGAGACUGUUCUUCUGAAUCGCAUGGAAGAUAGUGCUGCCGCCACAGUGGUGGCAGUGGAGCCAUGCAGGGGGAGGCUGCUUCUUUUUCCGCACAUGUGUCCCCAUUUGGCACGGCCCAUUGCAAGUCCAAAGCUCCUGCUUCGUGGUGAAAUGCGUCUGGAACUAUCGACCUCGCAGCGCUGCGAGGGCUACCAACAGUUAUGACAAAGCUUUGCAGCAAUGUCAGUCUUUGGUCCCACAUCUACCUCAACCUGCUGGAAUCUGGCUGCAGUGGUCAGGGAUUGCUGCACACUCCUGCUUGAGAUGAUAUGGACAAGAAGGAAUGCAACCAGGCUUUGCGCGGUCUGGUUCAGAAGCAUCCCGUUGAUUUUCCGAAGAGUGGACACGUAGCUCAACAGAACUUCCACCAUGGGACAAUAUUCUUUGGACCGGGAGAGCGUUUUCUUCAACUACGGAGUUCAUUGGGGUGAUGUUCUUCCGGGCAGUGGGUGCGACUGUCAAGAAGGGAACGGAGCCAUGGGUCAAUGCAACGGCCUUGGCUGUCUGGAUCUACACAGCUUCCUGCUGUUUCCAAAAAACAAUGACUCCACACUCUGGGAGUUUGUGAGUGGCGAUUACACCAGGAGAUCUCACGAGAUCUCUGCGCGACAUCAAAUUAAAGAUGUAGUCCAUGGAAACCAACAGGUUUGAAGGCAGGACAGAGGCCUGAAAAGAGGCCUAUUUGUGGCUGGAUUCAAAAUUUCUGUUCCAGCUGUGAGAAAAGAA